CAUCUAUUUAUCUAGCCAUCUCUCUUUCGCGGUAUACGCACUUACCUGCGAAACGCGGUCGUACGACGGUGGCGCUUCGACUUAACGAACUCCGGUGGCGCCGAAGGAAAGAUCGUUUCGUGGUCGGGGAUCUCUACCUCGAUCCAACCAGCGCGAUACACAACACACCGUCCGGAGAACGAGGAGCGUCCGCUCGCUCUCCUCUCUCGUUCAGUGUCUCGCGGGUGUGUGCGUGUGCGUGUGUGCGCGGGUGUAGACACGUAUGUACGCGCGAGAAGAAGUGCGCGUCCGAACAUUGUGGCGAAAUAGGGGCGAAUCCCUCGAAUAGGAGACAGAAGGAGAGAGGGAGAGAAGCAGGGCAUAUCUGACGCGGCCGGUUCAUAUUUUCGGAUAUACCCACCACUCCGAUUUUCGGUUCCUCCUUUAACUUCUCUCCCCUUCAUCGUCUCGGCGAGCUCUUCUCGGAGCAGCGGGCGAUUGCGCAAGCAGGUAUUCGGAAAUAACCCGUGUGGCUCGCAGUUAUGAAUUGAUAGCAAACACAUGGUGGACACGCCGCGUGUGUUCCGUUCAGCCGGGGCUCCUCCUCGAGAUCUCGACUUCCUCGUAACGUGACUGGCCUCCUCGACUCGCUGACAGGUCGUGACUUUGUGCGUAAACUCGCGACUCUCCGAUGGCACGGGACGAUUAUUCGUCGCUUGGUCGAGUGACGCGUCAUCAUCCUCGGGUCGUCGAAAGUGUAGUUUUUACCUCGACGUGAUUUUUCUUCGUUUUUUCCUUCUCCUUUUCGGCGAUUCGCCCGCGAAUCGAGACGAAUCGAGACGACUCGUUCGCAUUAUGGGAUAAACGGAGUAAGACCGAAAUCGGUGAACCUCUCUUAAUGACGGAUCGACAUGUGAUUAUCUCGAUAUCGUGCGUGAUCAAGUUUAAAUACGCGAGUUAAAUUGCGACGAGACGUCGUCCUUGACGGGUGCAUCUUUAAUUUGAAUGCGUUCGCCGCGGACUCUCGCUCGUGUUCUGAAGAGAAGGAAGAAGAGAGACGAGAAUCUCUCUCGGAACAGCGAAAUUACGCGAGGCGGAGUAAUCGGACGAAUGAAGCUGAUGAUCCUGGGCUACGUACAUGUGCAGUGAUUACACAAGAUCGGCACUCAUGUACGUUGAUUACGGCGGCGACACUUAUGCCGGAAUGGGAAUCAAGGCUAUGAAGUCCUUUGGCAGGCCCAGAGAUAUACCGGCGCAAGUGCCGCCGUUAACACCUGGGACCAACAAGAAGAUGACCGAGGCUUUGGAGGCCAUUUUCGCGAAUUGGGAAAAGGAACGACUCCGCCUGAAUAUAACUAAAGACCCGAGGCAAUGGUCGGAAGCAGCUGUUGCCCACUGGUUGCAGUGGGCUAUCGGAGAAUUCUCCCUGGAGGGUACGGCGAUGCAGCCGUGGCAGCACAUGACUGGGAAACAGAUUUGUGCCAUGGGGAAGGAAUCCUUUCUAGCACGUGCCCCCACCACCUUCAUGGGCGACAUCCUAUGGGAGCAUCUCGAGAUCCUGCAGAAAGAUGUCGACGCAGCGAAGGCCUCUCUGGAGAACGUGCCGGCGAACUUGUAUGAAAGCGUAUGCGUGCCAGAUUUAGGUGAUUUUGUGGGAUACCAGGGUGGCGGCCAUCAGGUGGCAACACCAGAACAUAAAAAUCCGCCGACGCCCGCCAAUUCGGCCACCUCCAACUCCUCCGGUCCUCCUCAGAGCGGUACGCAACAACAACCCUCGAUACAACCCUCUUCGGCCGCGGUGUCCCUGCCAUCGAGACAGUAUCAUAACGAUGGUGGCUACAAUCAUCUUCGCAGUCCUGUGUGCCAAGACGAAAGUCAAAAAGACGAAACGUCGCCACCACCUCACAGCCAUAGCACCCAACCGCCAACCUCUCACUCUAGCACUCCUAACAGUAAUAACAACAAUAACAACAAUAACAAUGCCAACAAUGCGUACAUUCAUCUACGGAAUUUAAAUCAGCUCAAAACGGAAUCGAACUACAGUAAUCACCACAUAACGGAGCAUCUCCAGAGUGGCGGCCUGGGCAGCGGGGGCGACCUCGGGGGUACAGGAAGCAACGAGAACGACUUGAGAGUCGGCGCGAACGCCACGGAGAGUUACAUGACGCCGGCACAUUAUUCCGGAUACGACGAGACUUCCGAGUAUCACAGCUUACCGCCGGAUCACCAGGCACCGCAUCCAUACAAUUUGGAUAGUUCGCCGGACUUUUACGGCACCAGCGCGAUUCACAUCGAACCCAAAUAUCAGCCGUCAUCGUUCAAAAACUAUCCUCGAGGAGGACGCUUCCAUGAGGGUUACAGCGAGAGCGGUGGAUACGGACAGUACGAUGCAACGCCGUUCCAAACGGUUCCCGGAAGCGGGAGCGGUGCUGGAGGCGGCGGCGUCGGUGGUGACCAAUGGGGUGUCGGACUUGGAGAUCACUUGUCUCAUCACCCCGCGUUUCUUGCGGGACUCGGACCACGGGACUCCUCCAAUCCCCAUCAUCCCACAUCUAUAACUAAUAAUGCGGACCAAAAACCCUUACUGCAAAAUCCGAUGCUCGCCAGUUACGCAGGCGGACCAUGUUUUACCGGAUCAGGUCCAAUUCAGCUCUGGCAAUUUCUGUUGGAGCUGUUAACUGAUAAAUCGUGUCAGGGUUUCAUCUCGUGGACCGGCGAUGGCUGGGAAUUCAAACUAACCGAUCCGGACGAAGUUGCGCGCCGUUGGGGUGUCCGCAAAAAUAAACCCAAGAUGAAUUACGAGAAGCUGAGCCGAGGCUUACGCUACUAUUAUGACAAAAACAUUAUACACAAAACUGCUGGCAAACGAUACGUAUAUCGCUUUGUUUGCGACUUACAAAGUCUACUAGGAUACAGUCCUGAAGAGUUACAUGCAAUGGUAGACUUGAAACCUGAGAAAAAGGAAGAAGACUGAGUUUUUGUUAAUGAGAGCAUGCUUUAGAGGAUUGUGUCACACUUAUAAAUGAAAUGUAAUAAUACAAAUUCUCUUUCUAUCUCUCUCUUUCUCUCUCUUUCUUUUUUUGCAUUAGCAUGCAAAAAUAAGAAAAAUGAGAGGACAAAAAAGUAUCUAUACAAUGAAAUCACUAUGAAAUAACUAUAUUCAAAUACAGAAGACUGUGAUAGUACGUCUUCUUUGUUCAGAUAUAAACAAAAUCGAAUCGGGGUCGUAUGUACCAAAGACAGGGUCUGCAUACCAUUGGUGCCUAAAGUUGAAGAAAUCGCGAAUUUGUUUCUAAGUGAUUGAUUUGUCAGCAGGUUUUAGAGAAUAUUUAUAGGAAUAACUCGUCAAUUUAUACAUAUAUAUAUAUAUAGAUAUAUUUUUAAUGUUAUAUGAUUUUCAACGCUACUAGCGUCAAGAUACUUGAUGAUGCCGCUAAAUUAUUUAUGUCUCAUCAUUUUAACAUGUGUGUUAUAUCUCGUUGAUAGAUGACGAUAUGUGAUUGUUAUUACCAUAAUUUUACAAUAAACUCAUUAUAUAAUGUACUA